CAGCAAUCCCUCACCCCGCGGCAAUCCCUCACACUACCUAAAACAGAUCACUCUAAACCCCUAAUCCGGAAUUUCCCCGAGACCUGCUCCCCAGCAACUUCUGUCCAAUCCCUCAACUAUGUCUGUAGCGCCAGAAACAAUCCGCACGAUGGAAAAGGAACGUCAGGAACAGAAAGCACCUCUGGAACCGCCGAUCGACAACAAGGAUUUGGAUACCCACCCCACAGAUAACGCAACCCCGGAUGAGUUUGACCCUGAGUUUGCCCCAGAGCUAGAUUACGGCGACCAUCACGAUAUCUGUGCAGAUGAGAAUGAUGACAGCAUGAGCGACGAUGGGGAAAUGUUCCAGCGACAACGCAGCGACAACGAGGACAGCUUUGAGGAAGAACAGGAAGCAUACAGCUUUGAGGAAGAACAGGAAUCACGUGAGGGUGACGAGCGUCGUGAGGGAGAAAGCAACACAGCUGGUGCACAGACUACACCCGGAACCUCAGGCGCCAGUAUGAGCAGCCACGAAAGUGACAGCAGCGGGAGCGGUAGCGACGACGACGGUCGCUCGCACAAAGAAUCCCAUGGGGAGGGCUCGGAGAACGAAACCCACGAAGAAGGGUCCGAGGAAGAUGCUGAUGAAGAAGGCUCGGGGAAAGACUCCGAUGAAGAAUCCGAGAAAGGCUCCGACUCCAGCAGUGAGAUUGACAGCAGUGACAGCGACAGCGAGACUGACGAAGACGACUCUCAAGAGGGGUCAGGAUCGGAGGAUGAAGAGGAGGAGAAGGAUUGGGAGGAUAACCCCAAAACCGACAAAGAGGAACGGGAUAAAGUAAAUGCAGAGCAGUCCGCAAAACUCCUCCACGACAUCAAAGAGACGGCUAGAGAUCUCUGGGUGUCAAGCCGCGAGCACGCAAACAACCCCGAACUCGAGUGGCUUGACCCGAUUGACACGAAAGACUUCAAUACUGCCGACCUCGAGAAGCAGUUCGGGAAGUUUUAUGAGUAUCUCUUUGGACGUGAUCGUGUACGGGACAAAAUCAAGAUCCGUUGGAGGAAGCUAAGCAAGAGCAUGGCUACAUCAGGUUUCGAGCGGAGCAAGGCGAAACAGGGGGACAAGCGGAAAAAGACCGGUUUUUACAUCAACAUCAACAAAUCAAUGAAUAAUCCAUCAAUCAAACGGUCCCAACUCCUCGCGGUCCUCCUUCAUCACUUACUACACGCCUAUCUCCUCAUCGGAAAAAAGAAGAAGACGGUGAUGGAUAAGGACAAGACAAGACGCCAUUUGCAUUCGAAUCGCUUUCUCAAACUCACCAACAAAGUGAAAGCUAUGACUGGGAUCACGGUCCCAUUGUCCCACUCGAAACUUCCGGCGGUCAACGAUGCCCAUCGGGAUCAUAAGUGGAAGUGCAAACGCUGCGGUUUCAUACACGAAAGCACGCGCGAUAUGGCUCCAUCGAAAAUCAGCAAGAAACAGCUCAAGAGGGGUUUCUACGGUCGACUCAAGCGACAUAUGAGGAAAUGUAAGGGCGGGAAUAGCGAGUUCAUAAAGAUCGCAGACAAGACUGGUAAUUUGCCAGUCCCCGCCAAUCUUCCUGCUGAACCGCCAAUUGAGACGUACCUCGAAAGGCAAAAGCGACGGAAGGAGAAGAAGAGGGAGAAGGGGAAGGACAAGGGGAAGGACAAGGGGAAGGAGAAGGAGAAGGACAAGGGGAAGGAGAAGGAGAAGGAGAAGGAAAAGGAGAGGAAGGAACGCAAGCGCAAACGCAAAGAGCAGCAAAAGGGCAAGGACAAGGACAAAGGCAAGCAGCGAGCGGAGGAUGACUCGGUUGAAGAAGAAAGACCUCGCAAGAGGCAGAAGAAGGUGUUCACAACGGUGGACGGUGUGCGUAUGACGGUGCAUGACGGUAUAUACCAUGAGCACCAACAUAAGCUCUUGUGUGGGAUGCACGUUGUCAACAAUCUUCUGCAGCGGCAUCGUUACAACCAGGCCGCUAUGAAUGCACUUGGAGUGCAUUUGGAAGCGGCUGACGGGCUUCCAGCGAAUUCCUUGUGGUCUCCCGAUGGCAAUUAUGCCAUUGAUGUCUUGGAACUCGCGUUGCGCCGUGAAAAUAUCUCGGUUACGCAGCUUCAAAAUGACCUUGUGAACGGCGCCCGCGACUUGGCUCAAGAGGAAGAGGCCUUCAUCGUCCAUCAGAACCACCACUGGGUGGCUUUUCGUCGCUUCGAGGGCGUAUGGUACAUUUUGGAUUCAACCGCGAGGGCUCCUGAGCAAGUUGAAACUGCCUACAUGAGCGCGCUUCUCCAACAACUUCUGUGGAACGGAUUCAGCAUCUUUGCGGUUCGUGGAAACUUGCCUCUUCACCGGGCGGCGACUGGUGAUGGUGGAGCGACUGCGGGCGGGGCUGGUCCUUCAGCCGGUCCUUCUGGUUCCGCUGCGGCCGGUCCUUCUGGUUCCGCUGCGGCCGGUCCUUCUGGUUCAGGUUCUGCGGCCGGUCCUUCUGGUUCCGGUGCGGGUGGAGCUGGUGGAUCCAGUUCGACAGGGGCUGCAUAA